UGCGCAGACGACAAGAAACAGGAACUUCCGCCAGUCGGUUGUCUGUCCUGGUUACUUUAGUGUUGUAAAAAAAAAAAAAAAUUUAAUUUAUUAAUCAAAAUUUAUCAAUUUAAUGACCAAGACGGAGACUAAGAGCGAAUUCUGACCAUCCAUGGAUACUUCACAGUUUCAAAGUGAUUCACGGCAGCCACCGAUCUUUCCCCCGCUUUCUUCCGUCUCCAUUCGCUUCAUCUAAUGUAUGAGACACUCCCUCCGUCCUCUCUCUCCUUCUAUCUCUAUCUUUUUACCUCUCCCUCAAUAUCUUUAGCUGCUUGUCGCUAGUUCUCUUCCUCUCUUUUCUCCAUACCAUUUUCUACCCUCCCUUUCUCUCUCUCUCUCUCUCUCUCGUUGUCUGUUUAUAUCCCUCUCUAUCUCCCCCAUCUUCCUUUGUCUGCUCUCUAUAAUUCUCUCUCUCUCUCUUUUUAACUACAUAUCCAUUCAUCUCACCCUUUUUAAUUUCCCUCUCUCUCUCUUCUUUCUUUUCCCUGUCACUCCGUUCGUUUUCCUCUCACUUACUCUUUCCCUUUUAUCUGUCUGUCUAUUCCUCCCUCCUCUUGUUGUUUGUAUUUCUUUCCGUCUGUUCUUUGUCACUCCCACUUUACCCCUUUUUCUCCCUUUCUCUGUCACCCUCUCGUCGUCUGUUUACUCUCUCACUCCUCCUCCUCUACUUCUUCACUUGCAACCUUACUCUUUGUGUCUAGUUCCUCCCCUUCCAUUCAUCACUUACAUCUUUUCUCUUCUCUCAUCCUCUCAAACACACCAUUCUCUCCUUCUCUUUCUGUCUGCUCUGUCCCUCUCUCUCUCUCUCUCCCCUCCACCCUUUCUUCAUCACUCACCUUCUCCUCUCACUCUCUCUCCCUCUUCCUCAUUCUUCAUUUGAAGUAAAAGAUGACGAGGUGAGCAGAAUUUCAUAGAAAUGUUUUCAAGUUCAAAUCGUGCUGUGUGACACAAACACCCCCCCCCACACACACACAUAUCCAUACACACAUACACAAACACAUACAUACACACUCAGUCUACUACAAUACACAUAUCUACACGUUGAUCAUCCGUCUCUAUAUACAUCCAUACACACACAUACAUAUAAAUAUUUACACACACGCAUAUACAUACAUACAUACAUAUUUACACAUGAUCAGAUGUCACAUACCCACACACAAACGCAUACAUACAUCAUAUAGUCACAUGUACAUAUACACACCCCCAUAUUGUAGUGUUUAGAGUACUCUUAGCCGUUACUCAGAGUUUUUGAGAACUUCCAGGAUGAUUUGAGUAAUGACGGAGUAAUAUAAGCACCACAAUAAAUAUUCACACAGUUUUUGCUAUUUAGUACUUCCUUGUUGUUUCUAUACCCACAUCUGUGUGUGUGUGUGUAUAUAUAUAUAUAUAUAUGUGUGUGUGUGUGUUUCAACCUAAAGGAUAUAUAUGUAUGAGGAAAGUGUGUACAUAAGUGAAUAUGUAUAUAUGUAUGUAUAUAUAUAUUUGAAUAUAAAAUGAAUAAUUAAGUUUUUAAACAUCGUAAACAUCGAGAAAGUGGAAAUCAACAGUUGAGAUAUACAUAUACAUAUAUACAGACACACACACACGCGCAUUCCUCUCUAGUCUCUCUGUGUAUGUGUAUAUAUAUGUAUGUAUGUUAUUUAUUUGUAUAUUUCGUGUCUGUUCGUAAGUUUACGUAUAUAACCAGCUUUAUACACACACACACACACACACACACUCACACACGUAUUAGAUCCCCGAAGGCGCGUGUCUGUGACCCAGUCAUUCAACAUAAUAUUAAUGAUAAUCAUAUGGACAUUGAUAAUAAUAAUAAUUACGAUGAUAACGAGUCCGAUCGUUUCUUAUUCAUAACGGUUACACUCUACUAAUUUAUUUAUUUUAAUUGCUAACGGGCAACAUGGUGCAGUGCAGUGACAUCGUGUUCACAUGAAAUGCAAGUCGUCUUCGUGCGCCUUCAUACUGCAUGCGUGCACUGACCUAAACACAGAAAUACACACACACACACACACACACACAAACACAAACACACAUGUAUGUGUAUGUGUGUGUUUUUAACGAGGGAGUCGCCAAUUGUGACGAUUAUUUGAUGCAGAUAAAUGCGCCAUGCAUGUGCGCGUAUGAUGGUUGUAUGAUGGCGCGUGUGCAAGUCAAAUAAUGUUUGGUUGUUUGGUAUAGUUUGCAUGUAUAUAUACACACACACACACAUAUAUAUAUAUAUAUACAUAUGUGUGCGUAUGGCUUGUGUGUAUAACAUUUUCGGAUUUGGGUGUAGAAACAGCAGUACAUCCUGAUACGAUUACUGGUACUAGUAGUAGCUGUUGUUCGAGAGGAGUUUAUUUGUUCGACGCCCUUCUGAUCAAGUGAAUUUUACUCUGUCCUGUACGUAUUCCGAGUUUUUCUUGCUUUGAGGGGGGUCUCUUAGUCCCCUCCCUCUCUUCGUUGAUACAUCUGAUACCAAGAAACAGAGAGAAAGAGUAUACACACAUAUAUUUAUAUGCAUACAUCUCUCUCUCUCUUUCUUUCUUUCUAUAUAUAUAUAUAUAUGUUUAUAUAUUAUAUAUAGUCAUAAAUUGAAAAGUCAAAGAUAGGCGAUCGCUCAUAUCACUUAUAUAACUUUCAACCUAUCCUGUUAUACAGAACUGCAGUCUCUCUCUCUCUCUCUCUCUCUCCACGGUCUACAUCCACAUACAUAUACAUGUGUAGAUACACAAAUUUUAUACAUACAUAUAAAUAUAUAGACUGUGUGAAAUCCGCUUCACAUACACCCUCUCCUGAGCCUCACACAGAAAAAUAUCAUCUUCCCAAACCUAACCGCAAACAAUUAAAAAGAGCAAGCAAUUAAGUCACAAAACAGCAACAUCGUCAACAUCAAUAUCGUCAUCAACAAAAAAGUAGGAGGUGUGUCAAACAGCAGCAGCAGCAACAGUGAGAGUAGGAGGAGGAGGAGGCAAAGUAAGAAGAGGAAGGAGGUGGUGGUGAGGGAGAAAGCGAAAAUGGCGAACGCGAGGCCCGAGAAAUCAACUUCCUUUGAUGAAGACAGUCCCGUGGAGGAUCGCGAUGAAGACAUGGAUGACCUUUUCAGCAAUGGUAAACAGAACGGCGGACCCCCGACACGAUCCGUCGACCGAUAUGGGUUCAUCGGCGGCGAUCACUACACAAGUCCCGAGGAGACUCCUCGUCUGACCCUGGAGAUGAUCCGAAAACGUGAAGUGAAGUGGAUUGACAUGUUUGAGAACUGGGAGAAAUGGAUGACGAAACGAUUUAAAAAAGUGAAGGUCAGGUGUCGAAAAGGAAUCCCACCCUCUCUGCGGGCCAGGGCGUGGCAACAUCUGUGUGGAAGCAGUUUCCUUAUGGACCAGAAUGCUGGCAAAUUCGAUGAGUACCUUAGCAAAGCUGGAGAUCCCAAAUGGAUUGAAGAUAUUAAAAAAGACUUACACAGGCAGUUUCCUUUACAUGAAAUAUUUGCGCUGCGUGGGGGGCAUGGGCAGGAAGAUCUAUUUCGAAUAUUGAAAGCAUACACAAUACACAACCCCCAAGAAGGUUACUGCCAAGCCCAGGGCCCCAUCGCAGCCGUGUUACUGAUGCACAUGCCAGCUGAGCAAGCCUUUUGGUGCCUGGUAUCUAUAUGUGAGAAAUAUUUGCCUGGUUAUUACAGUCUUGGAUUGGAAGCAGUACAUAUCGACGGUGAUGUUCUGUUUGGGCUUUUGAAAAAAUCUUCCCCUUUAAUUUAUAAACAUUUGAAAAAACAAAGAAUUGAACCAAUAUUAUAUAUGACAGAAUGGUUCAUGUGUAUAUUCAGUCGGACAUUGCCUUGGACAGCUGUUCUACGUGUGUGGGACAUGUUUUUCUGUGAAGGUGUGAAAGUGGUACUUCGGAUAGCCCUGAUAUUAUUCAAGUUGAUCCUUGGCACGCCAGGCAAACUUUCUGAGUGUCCAUCAUUGUACCUCUACACUCUAGGGAAGGUUUCCAACAUUGCAGUGGAAUUAGAAGAUCUCUCUCUCCUUCUUUCACAGUCUCUCAAGCUCAAUAUCGACGAGAAAGAUAUGGAGAAAGAACACCAGCGACAGAUUACGAAACGACGAAACCUCCGCGAGAAAGCACUGAAAGAAGCCUCAGCAACGAAAGGCAAAAAAGAGAAGAAGAAGCUGUUGGGCAAACUGACAAAGAAGGACAGUGAAAACAAACUCCUCCUCCAGCAGCAGCAGACUCCGGGAAACGUGAUGCUCCUCAGCAGUCAGAAACUUCCAGAGACAACACAGAAAGCGCAACCGAAGAUGGCACUGCCCAUCUCAGCAUCCUCUCCGACGGUCGGCCAAAUGACAGCCACGGCCACCUCCACCACAACAAACACAACCACCACCAGUAACCCUCAGCGCUGGUCUGCCGACCUCGACGCGCACAGCAAUAUCAACUCGCAUGUGUUGUACGCGUCGCAGAUAAGCACGGAGGAUGAGAGUCAGAGAAGCGUCGAACAGCUUCCUGGUGAGAUGUUUGCACACGACGAGGAGCAACAGGCGCAGGAGACGCUGGCACCGGUGCAUUCUAAGUCCGUCCUGGUACCUGCAGAAGAGAUACGGCAGAAGCUCGCCGGGCCAGAGAUGAUGGCCCCACGUGCAAUCGAGGUGACACAUACCUCCACAGCAGCAGUUUCGGAAGCCGUACCUGCUAGAGUACUUCCGAUACAUUUGAACGAACAAGCAGAAGUGGUGACAGCAUCAGAAGCAGCGACAUUGUUGCACAUAGAAGGCGUGGUCGAACCAACACUUGCAAAUGCCCGUCAUGCAUCCGAUGUCGCUGCACCAGAAGUGCGGAUGGCAAUGCCUCAACCCCAGUCACCGGCUGAAGUCAAUUCUACCGAGGUGCGGCCGGAAGAAAGCCAUUCUCAAACCACUAGUCACACAUCACAGUCUGAUCCGACGCGUUCUGAACCAGCGCAUUCGGGUCCAGCAACACAUGCAGGUGGCAUGCAGUCUGACGUUGCACAACCAAAGCCGAAAUCCAAGUCAAAGUCCAGGUCGAGGUCGAAACCCGUGAAGAUUGAGUUGGUGCAUUCGGAGGGG